AGCGUAUGUACAAACACAUAACCCCCUACCCUACUCACCCCCACCUCCCCUGGCCUACCCCUCUUGAAGAAUAUUGGCUAGAAAUAUGUAUAACUUCCAUGUAAUUGUGAAAGUGAAGUCUAUUCUGUUAUGGCCCAUAUGGACUUAAGUAUGUGCAUAUCUUUUUCAUGAUGUUAUGUCUUCAAGAACCAUGUUGUACAAGUUGUGCGGUUUCUAUAUCAUGUUCUUCAAGAUUUUCAUUAUCUUGUCAUCAUUUGGAUGUGUUGCUGUUUCAGAAUCAGAGUCAGAGUCAUGGUUUGUUCACCAAUAUGUAAGACAAGCUCAGAGAAAAUUUGAGCAGAAAACAAACAAGUUUUGGGAGUAUGAUGAGCAAUCAAACAGUUGGUUAGAAGUGGAUUUGCCUUAUGAUUUAGUUUCUUGUUUCAAUGAUAACUGUACAAAAGUCAAUAGAAUUGAUCAGACUUAUCAAGAACAUGAAAAAAGGGAGAUCUUUAUAAAAGUUAAGGAUGAGGAAAAUUCUUAUUCAUAUCUCCCUUUGAGAAAAAGAGUUUCUUUGAUAAAAAUGUCUGAAGCAUCCAUAUGGAUCUCUGGUGUAAGUGGAUCAAUUUAUGAAAGAUUUUGGAAUGGAUUGCAGUGGGUUAUAGCACCUCAUGAUUUGCCAAUAUCAGCAGGGUAUGCAGUUUCUGUUUUCAUUGUCAAUCAGACUAUUCUUGCUCUAUCAGAAUCAGGAUAUAUCUAUCAGUUGCAGCUAAGUGAUGAUCAGCCAGUUUGGAUAGAUAUUACACCAGCAAGUGAUUAUCAAACAAGUAAACUUAUUCAAAUUGUAUCAGGAGUUGUAUCCAGUGAUAGGAAGAGAAUAUAUUUCUGCACAAAGAAUGGAACUUUAUUAGAACUCACUGAGGUUGAUCCCAUAAGGUGGACCAAUCAUGGAAAACCUCCCGGAGCAAAUGUUGCAGCAAUCGCGGAUGCAUCUACAUUUAUAUCAGAAGUAGUCUUUACAAUUAGUACUGCAGGAGAUCUUUAUGAAUAUGAUCAGAGAUCAAGGCCAUCAUGGAAGAAGCAUAUACGAAAAGAGUCUUCUGCUCAAGAUACUUCUCUGAAUCCAUCUCUAGGAUGCAGUUUAAAAGGAGUGAACGGAGCUCUUUCAAAAUCUUUGUUUCUCUUGGCUAAGGGAGGAUAUUUAAUAGAGAGACGGUCACAACAAAGGAAAUGGAAAUGGAUUAACCAUGGAAAUCCAAAAGAUCAUGUCCUCUCUUCCAUUACAUGCCUUUCUGAAGAAAACUUGGCUGAAAAUUCAAACUCAUUGUUUCUUACAACUGCAGCUGGUUACAUUUUCGAAUAUCGAAUUCCAGAUCAAUCAGGCAUUCACCAAGAGGAUGAUAUUACAGAAAGUUGGAUCAAUCAUGUCUAUCCUCCUCAUGCCAAGGCUGCAAAAGGAAUUCCAGGAGUGCAAUUGCAACCUGGCAGAAUUAUUUUCCCACUUGAUGAUGGUAGGCUUGGAGAGCUUCGCCUAUCCGGUCUCAGUGGUGAGAAUUCCGGACCAAAUUAUCAAAUUAAUGCCAGAAGAAGAUCAUCCCAGAAGUAUGUAUGGUUUUUAGUAGAUGCCCCAGAAACAGAAGGAUGGAAUGCAGAGUAUUGCACUGAAGAACAUGGACCCUCGAAUUGCAUUGCAGGCAUCAAAGAUGAAAACAACAAACUAGAUCUCACAACAUCGACAUUAAGAAGGAGAAGGAAUAGCAAAGAACAACACAGUUACAUAUCAAUUGAUAUGUCAACUAGGAAAGCUGCUGAACCCGAGGGAGACUACAAUAUCCCGGAUAAUUGGAUUAACAAUAAUUUCCACCUGAGGGUGAUGCAUGAAGGGAAAUCAUUCUUCCUAAUAACGGAGGGUGGUCUGAUUUUCGAGUAUCUAAAUUCUGAAAAUGUGUGGUUCUGGCUUAGGCAUGAUCAUUCAACAGCUAUGAGAGGUGCCCUUGGGAACUACAAUGGAAGUUUGUUUUUGGUUGAUGAGCAAAGGAGUUUGCUCAUCAGAGAAAGAGAUAGUGCUGAAUUAGCAUGGAUUAACUGCACUGCUAUGAAAAAGGGAAGGCAAGUAAUUGGAGGUCCUCCGUGGGAUGAUCUACCAGGGAAAUCCCGAAAUGCGAGAAAAGAAGAUGCACUUUUCUUUGUAAGCAAAAGUGGGAGGUUGCUACAAUUCGCAGUUGCACUGAGAAAGUUCAAAUGGAAAGAUUGUCGGUAUCCAGCCAAUACAAAGAUCGCAACCAUUGCUGACCAGGAACUGCUCCGAGAGAACGUGGUGUUCGUCAUUGGAAGGAACGGACGCUUAUACCAGUAUAACAAAGUCACUGAACUAUGGCAUGAGCAUUACCAAUCCCAACAUUUAGUUCUAUCAAGGUCUCCUGGAACUGCAAUGAGAUUAUCCUCACCGUCACUGCAAGGUUCUCUUUUCAUGCUUUCGGCAGAUGGUGGACUAGUUGAAUAUAAUUGGAAUCCAUCCAACGGAUGGAAUUGGAUAGAACAUGGAACACCAGAUCCAAGUGUCAUCCUUGUUGGUUCACCGGGACCAUGCUUCACAGGUGCUCAUUUGUUCUUAGUAGGUUCAGAUGGAAAAGUGUAUCUAAGGCUCUUGGACAAUGGGACAUGGAAAUGGAAGGGCUGUGGCUUCCCAUAUAUGGCAAAUGGAAAACAGGUCUCUGACAAUCAUGAUCAUAAAGAAACUUGUACUUUCGAUGAUCAUGCAGAUCGUUUAGAGAAAAUUGAAGAAGACCUGCAAGCCUUAAACAAAAACUGUGACUCCAAGGUGACACUUACAAGGCCAAUUCCCUUUUCGGAAGAUUCAGUCAUAUUUGAGCUCAGAGAUGGCAGAUUGGCAGAAAUGCGACGGACAGGAGAUACAGAUUGGACAUGGUCACGUACCAUUGGCACUCCUACUAGCCUCUGCAUAACAAGUUUCUGGGCAACUUUAGCAUCAUAACAUGAAAAAAUCAUUGUCAACAUUAGAUGCAGGACAAUGAAAAAGAUCAAGCAAGCAACAACUUACAACUAUACAUGUAAAUAUUAUUUAUAUAUAUAUAUAUAUAUAUAUAUAGAUAGAUAGAGAGAGAGAGAGAGAGAGAAGAAGAACCAAAUAGAAAUUAGAAAAUAAACAAACUUGUACAGCUUUCAAACAUGUUUCUUUGUACAGAAACUGUAUUAGAGUAAAAUGCUUCUAAAUCUUCAGCUUAUUAUAGUAAGAUGCAUUUGUAAAGUUC